AAAACAUUUCAUUUCAAUACCAACAGCAACAACGAGUAAGCGCAUUUCUCGUGACUCUAUUUAUUCUGUCUCUGCGUUUGGGGUGAAAAUCACCUACGACGCGUUCCACAGCACCACACUCUGAGUCUGCGUCAAUGGGUUCUGACGGAGCAACCUCGGCGGCGAACAGCCGCAGGAAACCGUCGUGGAGGGAGAGAGAGAACAACAGGAGAAGAGAGAGACGGAGGAGAGCCAUAGCGGCGAAGAUUUACGCGGGAUUGAGGUCUCAGGGGAACUAUAAUUUGCCUAAACACUGUGAUAACAAUGAAGUCUUGAAAGCUCUCUGUGUUGAAGCUGGUUGGACCGUUGAAGAAGACGGCACAACCUAUCGAAGAGGAUCAAGGGCAGCAACAUCAGGCGAUGGAGCCGGAGCUUGUACCAGAAAUAACCUAUUUUCAUCGCAAAAUCCAAGUCCUCUUUCGUCGUCAUUUCCAAGUCCAAUCCAUUCUUACCAAGUUAGCCCGUCCUCUUCUUCGUUUCCGAGCCCGACUCGUAUGGAUACAAAUAAUAACCCAUCAAAUUUCAUUCCAUACGUUCGCAACGUUUUCCCCAACAUGUCUCUCCCGCCUUUGAGAAUAUCAAACAGCGCACCUGUGACGCCGCCUAUCUCAUCACCAACCUCGAGAAAUCCCAAACCCAUGAUCCCCACAUGGGAUUCAAUCGCCAAAGCAUCGAUUACUUCCUUCAAUCACCCUUUCUUUGCAGCUUCUGCACCGUCUAGCCCGUCGCACCGUCACCUUUAUACACCACCUACUAUACCUGAAUGUGAUGAGUCUGAUACUUCCACUAUCGAGUCUAGUCAGUGGUUGAACUUCCAAGCCUUUGCAGCUUCUGCUAAAUCAUCGGUCUCUCCUACAUUGAACUUUCUGAAACCUGUAAUUAACGAGCCGCAUAACAUGCUGCCUGAAAACAGAAUGCAAGAGAUGAGGAUUUCAGAGCCCGAGUUCGGAGCACAGGUGGUGAAGCCUUGGGUUGGAGAAAGGAUUCAUGAAGUUGGGUUGGAUGAUUUGGAGCUUACUCUUGGAAAUGGAAAGGCGCCUAGUUAAUGAAAACUAGUAUAUGCUCUUGUAACGGUAGCCGUCCGGCUUUCAUUUCUUUUGAGAAAUAGAGAGGAUCUGAGCUCUUUUAUUUUAUGAUUGAAUCUAUUAUUCAAAACUCUCAUUGAUUCCCUUUUUUUAACUUAUAAUAUAUAAAUAUCUUUCAAUCU